UUGUGUAGUUUUAUUUUAACUUUUUACACAUUUUUAUUGCAUUUCAAGCGAGAAAUUAGUUUUGCAGAGAUUUUAAUUUAAUUUUGUGGACAGUGGGUGGGGCCUGGAGUCAAAUAGGUUAUUGUGAUCCACUGGCCUGCUGUGAGCAUUCGGGAAAGCUCCAAAGAAUUAAAAGAAUCGAUUCAGCCAAGCAUCGUUUGCUCUGAGCAUGCGUAAAAUACAAAAUGACGUCACUCGAUACUCACAUUGAGCAGCAGAUCUUGUCGCGUGUGCCAGGCAACAGGCAGGAGUUACCCACAUGUGGAUGAAAGGAAAACACGACGUUGGACCAGGAUUUCAGCUGAACAGCUAACAAUGAAGAAAGAAAUCGCAGCGGUGGUGUUUUUUCUCAAGCGGUUAAUAAAGAAGGCUGAGAAGUUGGAUGCAGAAAAGAUGGACCUGUUUGUGGAACGGUUAACUGUAGCAUUACAGGAGAAGUACAAGGGUCAUUGGUAUCCAGACAACCCAAGCAAGGGCCAAGCAUUCAGGUGUAUCAGAGUAAACCGGUUUCAGAAAGAAGAUGCCGAAUUGUUCAGAGCAUGUGCUGAAAGUGGAGUGCAAUACAAAGAUCUUGGUCUGCCUAAAGAGCUAACUUUAUGGGUUGACCCUGGUGAGGUGUGUUGCAGAUACGGUGAGAAGAAUCAUGGUUUCACUGUGGCGACUUUCUCAAGUGAUGAUGACGAUGAUAAAGAGGAUGUGACGAAAAGGGUGACGAGUGCUGUGGAGAGGGUCACAUCGGAUUACCAUUCUGGGUCAUCUUCUGAUGAGGACACUAGCUGUAGAGAGCCCCUGUUCACCCCACCUUUCCACCACCACCCUCCUUACCAGCUUAUAUAUGCCAGUCCCCCAGUUUGGCAGCCUGAACCAAGGAAGAAAUUUGGACCUGGGAAGGGGCACUACCCUCCACGGCCACACUACAUGCCCCGCCCCCCUUACAGACCUAACCACUCCUUUAAACCUCACACCUGGGUCCAGCAAGGGUACCGUAGCAAGCACGGUUACUGGGCCGGUGCUCCGAAUCUUGCACACCAGCUCCUGUGACCACUGCAACCAUGUUUGUUAUUUGAUAUCAAUGUGAUAGAUGUUCAGUUGAAAAUUGUUUUUUGAAGUUACCACUAAGAUGACUGACCAAAUUUUUUAAAAAUGUAUUUUUCUAGUUCUAUUGUCACUUUUUUUGAAUUUGUGACUGGUCUAUUUUUAAAGAUAACAGUAACUGUUUGCACUUUAGAUUAUUUGUAAUAGAGUUUGUAUCGUACAUAUUGGAUUAGAUGUAUUUCAAGUAUUUUGAUAUUUUUAUGGUAAUGGUAAUAUGUGCUGUAUUUAUGUUAAAUGGGAUCAUUGUAAUUUGAUAACACUUUACAUCGUUUUUGUCAUAGUUUCAAUGACCAAAUGUAUUAUUUAUUCACAGUAAAGUAUUAUGUAUUACAUAGACCACUUAAAUUAUGGAUGACAUUAAAAAACAUUUUCAAAUAUCAAACAUUUUAGAUGUUUUUAACUUGAUGUUUUAUCUGGCUGCAGUUUUGUUAGUAAACCACUAGGUGGCAGCACAAUAUUAAUAUUUUACUACUUGGGCCUGCUAACUGCGCACUUGGGAUACAUCCAACAAGGACCUGGUGCAAAUCAUUUGUCAUGUCUUUAAGGUAGUACAAGACAUAGUGCAGUACUGAUUUAUUAAACCAGGUAGUGCUUCUAUUCCUCGUGGAAAUAGAUGAAUGUCCCAAUGCACGAAUAUGUAUAACUGCAUUCUCGGUACAGAUUUUCUUCUGCAUGAGUCAGUUCAGCAAGUUCAAUAUACUGGCCACACCUUCCUUAACUCUGAGCCCAGCAAACUAUCCACAAACUCUGUGACAUUGUUAGAGGAAAUGGCUACAUUUCAUGGCUGUCAGCCCCUACCAUUACAGACUUGAAGAAUUGCCUAAUCGUUCACUUUUCCACACCCA